AUGCAUGAGGGACUAAGCCCCAGUCGUCUUCGUGCCGUGGACCGUGACUUGGAUUGGGAACCCGACGUGAAGGCUCCACCCACCGCACUGCCCCCACCCCGGCCGGGGAGCUCCAGCUACAUGCCGCCACCCCCGCCACCGCCCCCCGCCACCGCGAACGACGCUCCCUUCCCGUUCCGCAGCCGACGAGAGAUCGUUCUGACGAUGUUGGGGGGCAGUGCGGCCUUGUGGCUGCUGAACCAUAAGGUCAUAAUGCCCAUCGACUCGUUCGGUGACAAGCCCCCCGUGGAUUUCACCUUGGCGGGGUAUACGGACCUCAAACCGGAGGAGUUUGUCUACUUCAAGACCCCGGGGGGUCGGUGGGUGGCGGCCGCGGAGGACGAUCAGGGCCGGUUCUUCAUGAUCGACGAGGUGGGGGACUUGUACUACGACUCGGGCGAUCCGGAUGUCGGUCUGUAUGCGAUGGACACUCAAGGCAACCUGUUCAACUUUUAUCGGGAUCCCGACGACGGCGAACAGAAGAUUACGCCCGUAGGCAACGUCUCCGACCUGAAGCAGUUCAAGAUCAGCGAAAUCGCCGGCAUAAAACUGGACCGGGACGUCAACGUGGUGGCCUUCCAAGACGGCUCCACCGCCCCCCUGCCCCCGGGCUCUACCUACCGGGACCCGUACACCGGCGAGCUACGAGGACCAGACCAGCUGGUGGAGGGGCUCAACGGCGCUUCCGCCGCCUCGUCUCGAUCAUCAUCAUCAUCAUCUUCCACCACCCGUCGCGGCUUCUUCGAGUCCAUCUUUGGGGGGGGAGGAGGAGGAGGCGAAGAUCUGCCCGUGCAGCGCUUCGAAGUGGAUCUGAACGACCCACGGGACUUUGAUGAGCAGAUGGAGGACCAGCAGUUUCUGGCGGAUCCGGAUGAUCCGACUGCGCCCAUUUUGCCGCCUGAUUUUGAUAUUGACGCACUUGCACGGCAGGUGGAGGCUGAUGCGCGCGCCAAGGGCCGAUGA